AUGGAUAAAAGCAAGAUAUCACCGCAAACUAAUGGUAGGGACACGUUUUUGUCCCGAGUAUUCGGCUUGCAAUCCGAAGACGUCACGACGUCGAUUCACACAGAAGAAAUGAGCACUUUUCCUGAGCAGCAAGAUGAAGGGGACGAUAAAGGCCAUUUAGUAAGUUUACAUGCCUCUGAUGAAAAUCACUACAGUGCUGAAGAGGAAGAGCUGCGAAUGCCCGAGUCUGACCAGGGUACUACGACAGAUGAAGAGUAUGCGCAUGCUGCAGAUGUGGAUCUAGACGACGAAACAGGAUUCAAGAAUGGGCAUGAUAAUGGCACUUAUAAUCGUAAUGGAUCCAUACUCAAAGUCGGUCAACUUUCGAGCGACGAAGAAUACAGAGAUGCAAUUGACUCUGAGAAUGACGAAGACGAUCAGGAAGAAGAUCCGGAGUAUGUGAUAGAAGAAGAUAGACCAUUAUUUGCUAGAAACUCAUCUGAUGCAAAUAUUAAAAAGGAAACGGAAACCGUGGGCUCUACUUUGCCCAAAUCGAUGCUUUUCCAGCGAAUAUUGCAACACAAUAAUCAAAAACAAAAGAAGAAACAGUUGUUCACCUCUUCAAAAGACGAACAUCUGAACUCUAGGGUUGGAAAUGAGGAAAUUAAAAAUGAUAGAGGAUAUGAAAGAGAUCUAGAAGCUGGUUUGGGCACUGGCGAGGGAAGAAGGAAAACUUUCAUGAACGAUGACAGACCGCGUGGCAAUAGGGCUUUUACGAGCAAUUUUCCUCUCAAGAGACCUAACCUCUUUAAAAAUAUAUCAGUCCUGAAUAAAACACCUGCUAACAAAGUCAAUACACUUAGUCCAAGGGAAAGGGCACUUUGGAAGUGGGCAAACGUUGAUAAUUUGGAUCUUUUUCUUCAAGAUGUCUAUAGAUAUUACUUGGGGAAUGGUUACUUUUGCAUAAUCCUAGAAAAAAUCCUCAAUCUGGCCACCUUAAUCUUUGUUAUUUUCACCUCAACUUAUGGGGGAUAUUGUAUCGACUACUCUAAAAUCUCAACAAGUAACCGAUUGUCGGAUGUGACCAUCGAUAAGUGCUACUCUAGUAGUAUCACUGGCUUCACCAAACUUCUACUGUGGAUUUUUUACGUAUUUGUUGUCCUGAAGAUUGCACAGCUUUAUUUCGAUGUUCAGAAUUUGAAAGAUAUUCAUAAUUUUUACUCGUAUCUUCUAAAUGUUUCUGACAAGGAAUUGCAAACCAUUCCUUGGCAAACUAUCAUUCAGCAGAUCAUGUAUCUUAAAGAUCAGAAUGCCUUGACUGCUAACGUUUUGGAAGUCAAGGCCAAAAAUCGAAUAGAUGCGCAUGAUGUAGCUAAUAGAAUCAUGAGAAAGGAAAAUUAUCUGAUAGCUAUGUACAACAAUGAAGUUUUGGAUCUAUCACUACCCUUUCCGCUUUAUCGUACGAGUACACUGACCAAGACGUUAGAAUGGAAUAUUAACCUCUGCAUUUUGGGUUAUGCUUUUAAUGAGUCGGGGCUAAUAAAGCAGAGUUUCUUGAAGCCAUCUCAACACGAAUAUAUAAAGGAGGAACUAAAAAAAAGAUUCCUGUUAGCAGGCUUCCUAAACAUUGUUUUGUCACCCUUCCUUGUGACGUAUUUUCUUUUACUUUAUUUCCUGAGGUAUUUCAACGAGUAUAAGACUUCCCCAGGUACAUUAGGUGCUCGUCAAUACACUUUAAUGGCGGAAUGGAAAUUUAGAGAGUAUAAUGAGUUAUUUCACCUAUUUCAGAAAAGAAUGGGACUGAGCACCGAGCUAGCAAAUAGAUAUAUCAAUCAAUUUCCCAAAGAAGAGACCAAUUUAAUGUUUAAGUUCGUCGCUUUCAUUAGCGGAUCAUUUGUAGCAAUUUUGGCUAUAUUAACUGUCUUUGAUCCUGAGAAUUUUCUAAAUUUUGAAAUUACCAAUGAUAGAACGGCAUUAUUUUACAUAACUGUGAUGGGAGCUAUAUGGACUGUGUGUCGAAACUCUGUAUCCGAUGAGUACAACGUAUUUGACCCAGAAGAAACAUUGCAAGAGUUGGCAACAUAUACGCAUUAUAUGCCGCAUGAGUGGGAGGGAAGGUAUCAUACGGAGGAAGUGAAAAAUGAGUUUUGUAAAUUGUACAAUUUGAGAAUAAUAGUUCUGGUUAGGGAGUUGGCAAGUUUGGUUAUUACGCCUUUCAUACUUUGGUAUUCUUUACCCAAGAGUGCUGAUAGAAUCGUUGAAUUUUUUAGAGAUAAUACAAUUCAUGUGGAUGGAUUAGGAUAUGUCUGUAAGUACGCAAUGUUUGACAUUAAUGAAACUCUUGAACACAAAAAUGGCAAGAGUAAAUUAAAGGCUCCUUUACAAAGCAAAGAUACUCAAGAUGGGAGAAAAGUAAAUUUGAGGGAGAUUAUCUCUGAAGAUCUAUCAGAUACUAAUGACUCUGAUAGCGAAGAAAAUGAUGCUGCCGUUAAUAAAAUGAUGCAGUCAUACAUGUAUUUUAUCGACGAUUAUGAAAACAGCAGUAAAGUGGUAGGUAAGCAUCAGCUUCCAACCAAAAGAUAUGGUGACGAGACAAAGCUUUCUCCAAUGCUCAAUAAUAGCUACUCAUGGAAGAAGCAAUUUAGGCCUGGUCAAAAACCUGAGCUAUUUAGAAUUGGGAAGCACUCGCUGGAAACCAGACAACCGGUUGCUACAAACAAGUCUUCGACUACCAGUAAGAAAAAAAGAAGCGUAAACAGACGCCUCUCUGAAAAUGAUAACAUUAAUUUGGGAAAUUCGUUUAUCGGUUCUAUUCCAGCACCAUCUUAUGAGCUGCAGAAUAACAUCAAAUCCGGAAACUCGCGUAAUGAAAGUGGAGCGGGUGGUAUUUUUAACCUUGUGAAAGAGUUCUACAAUCAAUCUGAACUGGGUAGAUAA